AUGCCCGCUGAGCUUCUCGUCCCGCUGAGUGGGGGUCAAAGCAACCCAACCAAUAAUGGCAGGAGGGAUUCAACCUGCCAUCCCCAAUUUCGUGUUCAGACGGGAAGCAGCAGGCAUAGGAUGGUCAGCUCUGGCGAGGGAAGGAACAGUAAAGCUGAAACGAAAUGGCUCGGACCCAUAAAGGAAACUAAUUUAUCCCUCACAAAAGACAUGUGCACAUUCAAAUUGGCUCUUUCUUCCGAUAUGCUACUGGGAGGCAUUCGAGACCAAUUGCAUUACCAUACAAAUAUGCUUGGAUACAUGUGCGUUCCUCGAUACUCAGCUCGAAGAAUUACUGUUGUCUCUUGUCCUCCAGUAGCUGUCUCAUGA